AUGCGCAGCUUGAAUUCGUUGGCACUUUUGCUUGCUGCUUCUGCUACUUCAGUCGUAGCGAUUUUGCCACAUCAUGAAGCUCAUGCAAAAUAUGCAAAGAGAGCACAACCAAAACAAAUUCUUCCUAGGCAACCUGCGGUGAGGUCGAGGUUGACUUCGAAGUAUCUGACUAAUUCAACUGCUUCUUUCGCUGUCAAUGGAACCGCAUUGCCAGAGUUCGACUUCGACAUUGGUGAAUCCUAUGCUGGAACUUUGCCCAUUAGCACAAAUGCCAGCGAUACAAAUCGAUUGUGGUUUUGGUUCUUUCCUUCUGAUAACCCUUUGGCGGAUAAAGAGAUUACAAUUUGGUUGAACGGUGGUCCAGGAUGUUCCUCUCUCGAUGGUCUUUUCCAAGAAAACGGGCCUUUCAGUUGGCAAUCCGGCACAUAUGCACCUAUCCCCAAUCCGUAUUCAUGGACUAAUUUGACCAAUAUGAUCUGGAUCGAUCAACCCGUCAGCACCGGAUUCUCACCUGGAGAUAUUCUUGUCAAUGACGAGAUUGAUGUGGGUAACCAAUUCGCCGCAUUCUGGAAGAAUUUCAUCGAUACGUUCAGUAUGCAAGGAUAUAAGAUUCACAUUACAGGCGAGAGUUAUGCUGGACAAUAUAUUCCAUACAUUGCUAGUAACUUCUUGGAUCGCAAUGAUACCACGUACUACAAUUUGAAGGGUAUCCAGAUCAAUGAUCCAUCGAUGAAUGAUUUCGAUACAAUGGGCUCAGCUCCUGUUACAGCUGCAGCUCUGUACUAUCAGAAUGUUCUCAACCUCAACGAUACAUACAUUGCAAACAUUACUGCACGAGCAAAGUCAUGUGGUUACACCGAUUUCCUCGAAUAUGCAUCGGUAUUUCCACCAGCAGGACCAAUCCCAACAGCUCCAAGCUCGGAAGAAUAUGGAUGUGAUGUUUAUGAUGACAUCUACAACGCACUUUACUAUGUCAACCCAUGUUUCAACAUCUAUCAUCUCACAGACUAUUGUCCAUUCUUAUGGGAUGAACUCGGAUUCCCAUCACUGGGUGGAGGCCCCAACAACUACUUCAACCGCACUGACGUCAAAGAGGUUAUUCACGCUCCAGUCGACACUGAUUACUUCGUCUGCACUGGCGGACCCAACUUAUUUCCACAUGGAGAUAAAUCCGUUGACUCUUCCCUCGGCCCCCUCCCUUCCGUCAUCGAACGCACCAACAACGUCAUCAUCGGACACGGACUCCUUGAUUUCCUCCUCUUCGCCAACGGCUCCCUCAUCACCAUCCAAAACAUGACGUGGAACGGCCUCCAAGGAUUCCAAGAAGCUCCCUCCUCGACCCAAAACUUCUACGUCCCAUACCACCAAUCCCUGGGCACCAUUCUCUCCAUCGUGAACAAUGCCAUCCCUGAUGCACCCCCGCAAUACGAUACAGCAGGCGCGGGAUACCAGGGAACUUGGCAUACGGAGAGAGGACUCACGUUCUCGACGGUUAAUUUGGCGGGCCAUGAGAUUCCGCAGUAUACGCCUGGAGCGUCGUAUAGACAUUUGGAGUUUUUGCUAGGGAGAAUUGCUAAUUUGAGUGUGGUGGGAGAUUAUUCGACACAGGCGGGGAGUUUUACGGGGAUUACAAAGACUUCGAUUCGAGAGGGGAAGUUCGUUGCCUUCUUUUCCUCCUCCUUCGUCUCCUUCUCCCGCUCACCUGUACUCGGACACUUUUCUACUUGCUCAACCUCAGAAUACUACCCUACCCACUACGCAGCUUGGACAAUAUCUGUGAGUGCUGAGCUGUUCAAUCCUCCUCGAGUCAUUUUGUUGGGAACACCUGAGAAACUCCUAAGAAACUCCUCUAUGAUCUCCCAAACAAAAGAUCAACAUCGUCUUUCGAUACCUGUCCUUGGAUUCACUACAUUCUCUACGAAUUAUGAUCUUUACAGACUUCCGCGAGGAGUAGAGUUUGUGUUUUUGGCCGAAUCUCUCUUCUUCCUCUUUUGCUUCCUACCAUAUCGAAUUUGGCUUCAGCGAGAAGCUAUCCACCCGCCGACCCCUCCACGAGAAGAGAGAACUGUAUUAUAUCAGAAGUGCUCGGAUAAUAUUACGGAUCCGGAGGCGUAUUUGCAGAAAUGGUUUCUAGGUGCGGAUAUACGAGAUAUUCGGAAGGAGAAUGUGAAGGAGUUCUUUCUUUGGGCUUUCUUCAACCGGGAUGGACCUCCUGGAGAUGAUGAUGAGGAGUUGGAGGAAUAUAUUGGGAUACUGGAGAAGCAACUGGGGAGGGAGAUACCGGAAGGGAGGGGAAAUGUUAAGUGCUUGAGGUUGACGUUGGAUGAGGUUGUUAUGUCGCAUAGGAGUUUGAUCUGGUAUUGUUGUGUCGGAUUCGUCGAUUUCUUAACAUUCUGUUCCCUCCGCUACCAUGGCUUCCACUUCUACCGUACGAAUUUCAAACAAUCCCUCAGCAUCAUACCCAUUCGUCCGCACAGUUUCCUGACGACUCGACAUUCUCCUGCCCAACACAUAUCCUACUGGCACCUACCUCACACCUCUAAAACUAAAUUACCAGUUGUUUUCAUUCACGGCAUCGGCAUCGGUCUCUAUCCCUACACCAAAUUCCUCAACGAACUCAAUGCUUCGACCGGCACACCCGAUGAUCACAUUGGCAUUCUUGCCCUCGAAAUAAUGAACAUCAGUUUCCGUCUCACCCAUUCUGCUCUCUCUCGCAAGGAAACUGCACACGAAAUAUCACAAAUAAUAAGUCAACAUUUUGGGCCGGAUCAAAAGUUCGUCCUAAUUUCUCACUCGUACGGCACAGUGAUAACUACGCACCUCUUACGCUCGCCCCUCCUGUCUCCGCGCAUCGGCCCUAUUGUUCUCAUCGACCCCGUCUCUAUUUGUCUACAUCUGCCCUCUGUCGCAUUCAAUUUCACACGCCGAAUCCCAAAGGACGCCAAUGAAUACCAAUUAUACUAUUUUGCGAGCAUGGAUCCGGGAGUUAGUCAUACGUUGAGUAGAAAGUUUUUCUGGAACGAGAAUGUGUUAUGGAAAGAUGAUUUCGAAGGGAGGAAGGUUACGGCAAGUCUGGCAGGGAGGGAUUUGAUUGUGGAUACGGAAGCCGUGGGGAGGUAUUUGUGCUGUGGAAACUUAUCUGGGAAAUCAACUCCAAGUUUGAGAGCUGCGAAUGGAAACGUGGAUGUGACUUUGAAGAACACUUCAAAUCUGAAUAUUGCACCCCUGAUAGAGAUUGAUGAGACAGAAGUGGGAGAAGAGGCACGGACUAUAGAUGUAGAUGUAAUUGGCUCGGGGAAUGAACAAGAAGGAACUCAUGAUAAUGAGGUGGAUAUGGAGGAUGAUGAGGAGUGGAAGUAUAGGGAGUGGAAGGGAGUGGGGACGGAGGUUUUGUGGUUUGGAUCUUUGGAUCAUGCGCAGGUUUUCGAUACGAUGGGCACGAGAAGGAGAGUUAUUGAUGUUGUGAGGAAGUACUGUGAGGAUGAAUAG